UGGAAAUUGUCACCCACCCAUGUCAUCAUAGUAUAGGUCCCCUAAAACGCACGCUUUCCCACUAGAAAGGAGAAAGGAGGGCUUCUUCUUUCUUCUUCUUCUUCUUCUUCUUCUGACAUGGGUGUCUCUUUUAGCAGAGAUGGAAGAAGUAGCAGCAGAUAUGGAAGAAGAGGAAGAAUGGUGAGUCUGGUAAGGACCUUUAACCUCAACCACGUCCAUGGUAAUCAUGAUCAAGAUCAAGAUCAAGAUCAAAGCCCUUCCACUUCCAUUAUCGACCCUUCACCUAGUCCAGUCACCUCUUCUUCAUCUCCUUCCGCCACUCCUCUUCCUCCUCAUCCCAACUCUUCAUUCCAUCAUCAAACGACAACGAAUUUCACUAAUACGACAACCUCUGCAGCUGCCCCGGUUGAUUUUUCGUUCCCUUCCUUAAAUUCGCAAUCUUCUUCUUCUCCUCCUCGUACUCCGAUUCUGCCUCCACCACCACUAUCAACUUAUGUUUUUGGUGCUCCUUAUCCCAACCACCACAUCCCUAAUCCAUUUCCGUCAAAUAACGCUCAACCCAGGAUCAAUCCCCCUGUGCUGCCGCCUCCUUUUGCGAGUGCUAAAAGAAUACAAAACAAUGUGAAUGUGCACAAGGGUACCAUCAAGCUUUAUACCGAUGUCCAUCAUUCUCACUCAUUUUUGCUCUCUUUCACUUUUGAUGCUCUCGUUGAUGGCAGUAUCACCAUAUUUUACUUUGCCAAGGAAGGAUCGGAUUGCACAUUCGCUCCACUAUACCCUCAAUAUUAUAUGCCAUUGAGAAUUCCCUUCCAGAAAGGUCUAGGUCAGAAAUUUUUUCAGCCUUCCGGAACUGGUAUUGAGAUAGGUUUUAUUGACUAUGUUUUGUUUGGAAUGGGUGAGCUUGCAAAUUCAUCUUUGGCCAAAGACAUUCUCCCGCUUGUUAUUUACGUGGAAACAGACUUCCCAUCUCUCUUGACAAAUUUAGAGUCCAUUCAGCCACUUUCUGCUGCACCUCCCCAUUCACAGAUUACUCAAGCAUUAAUUGAGCAUAAUGGAGAGGGCCAGUUGCUGGUCAAAGUAAUCAAUCAGAUCCUGUGGAUUGAUGGAGUUCGUUAUGAGCUACACGAACUUUAUGGAUUUGGAAAUUCAGAUGAAUCGGGUGAGCUAGGGAAAGAAUGUAUAAUAUGCAUGACUGAGCCGAAGAAUGUAGCUGUAUUGCCCUGUCGGCAUAUGUGCAUGUGCAGUGAAUGUGCGCAAGCAUUGACAGUUCGAUCGAAUAAAUGCCCCAUCUGUCGUCAACUCAUAAGAGAGCUUAUACAGAUCAAGAUUACUAAAGCAUGAUGCGAGCACAGGAGGAGAUUUCCUAACUAUGCAAAGAUUCAUCGAUAGACGUCAUCACACAAUUUUGAAGCAGGCAUGCAAGUUUUAAAGCACCAUAGCAUUAGCUGUUUGAUAUUCAAUUAUAUACAGGGAGAAAAAAAAUGUACAUUCCUUUAGUGAAAAUCAGAUAUAGAUACAAUACAAUUUAUGAAUAUAGAAAUCUUGUUCUUUAAUCUUUUAAUCAUUGUAUAUAGUCUUGCAAGAAUGGUUGAAAUCCCCUAUGGAGGAAUUGAUGGAUUGUUUGAGAAGACACAUUGAACACUUUCACUUUUUCUUUUUAGCCGUUGAAAA